AUGUCUCAAACCGUUGGAAAAACUCGCCUGGCCUAUUCUCGGGCAUGGCACGCCAUAGACAUCGGAUCUGAUCCCCGAAGCCUGGGCCGCGUUGCAUCGUCCAUCGCUGUUUUCCUGAUGGGAAAACAUAAACCAAUCUACGAUCCCUCUACAGACUGCGGCGACUACGUCGUUGCUCUUGGAUGUCGCAAUGUUCACACCACAGGAAAGAAAAGAGCCCAGAAGCUGUACUAUACACACAACACUCGACCGGGAAGCUUAAAGUCGAUGUCCAUGGACCAGAUGAUUGAGAAAUGGGGAGGCGCCGAGGUUUUGAGAAAGGCUGUCAAGGGAAUGCUGCCAAAGAAUAGACUACGGGAGAAGAGGAUGGCUCGAUUGAAGGCCUUUGAAGGGCUUGAACAUCCUUAUAAGGAAAAUAUUGUCAGGUUCAACGGACAAAGCACCUCGAUUGCGGAUAUGCCUGAAGUACGUGAGGCACUACAGAAUGCGAAAACAGAAGCUCUUUCGCAUUAG